AUGGUACAUCUAUCAUUGACUCGAUAUGCAUGUAUUAGCUUUCUUGGUCUUGGUAAUAUGGGUAAGCAUAUGGCAACAAAUUUAAUUGUAGCUAAUCAUCAUGUAACAGUUUUUGAUAUUCACCCACAAGCAUUUGAUUAUUUUAAAGGACAAAAAGAAGCUAUACUAGCCUCUGUACCACAAAAAGCAGUAGCAAAUUCAGAAUUUGUUAUUUUAAUGUUGCCUAAUGGCAAUAUUGUACGUGAUAUUUGUCAAUCAAGUAUUUUUUUCGAACUGACGGAACUGGCUCGAAGUAAACAAUUAAAUUUUGUCGAUGAUCCUGUCUCAGGCGGUACUAUUGGUGCUCAAAAAGGUACAUUAACAUUUAUGGUUAGUAGUCAACCAAAUGAUUUUCAAGCUGUGGAACCUAUUCUUAAAGCAAUGAAUCUUGGUAUCAAAUUUGAUCUCAAUAAAGAUGUAUUAGCCAAACUGAUUAAUUCUUCAAGUAUUCAAUGUUGGUCAAGUCAAACAUAUAAUCCAUGUCCUGGAGUUGUAGCUAACGUACCAUCUAGUAAUAACUAUAAUGGUGGUUUUACUAGUGAACUGAUGACUAAAGAUCUGUUACUUGCUCUUGAUAAAUAA